CCCCUUUCUUCCUUUCUUUAAUGGAGAAUUAGUGUAAAUUGAAAUUUGAAGAAUAAAGUAAAACAAUCUUACGUCUCAAUAUCCUCCAACCUUAACUUUGAAAUGGAACCCGUAGCUUCGAUUGUCGAUAAAUUGAAUUCCUUUGUUAAAUCCGGUGAAGAUUUCUUUGCUCGUCGCCGGCAGAAAAUGUCUCGUCAAAAUCCGAUUGAAAUCAUGAAGCGUUUGCAUCGUGAAGCCUUUGCUGACUUGAUGAAGCUUAGAGAUAGACAAGACAAAGUAGAGAAAAUGCUUACAUAUAUGAGUGUCAAAGGAAGUCCAUUUCAAAAAGAUGGUACUUUGGUUAGGGGUGAAGUUGAUGUGACAGGAGCUCUUAGUUUAAAAGAUUAUUUGGAUCAAGAUAACGUUGAUGCAAUGAAAAGGGCUGGAAUGAGGACAGGAAUCAAUGCAAAGAUCAUAUUUGAGACCAUAGUUCGUGAGAAAAAUAUUAUUGAGGCAGAGUUCAUAGCUAAUCCGAGCAACAACAUAGAUUCUAGCAACAUUCCAGGGAGUGCUCUAUCUCUUGCUAAACUAAGUUACAGAGGAAACGUAACUGAUUGGUGCUCGAUGGUUGCAAUUCCCAUGGGGGCUAAAUGUAAAGACUUGUCAAGUGCAAUUGAUCCUUCUUUUGAGGAGAAAGGACUUACUGGUUACUCCUCUUUUGGACCGCCCCUGUUGCAUCAAGAUCUAGGAAGUGCAAUUGGUGUUAUGGUAAAGAAAUCAAACGUUGUUGCUUCAUUGGGUCAGUUUGUUGUUGAUCUACCUGGUCCUUUCGGACAUUGCUUCAGCACCUUUGGUCAGAUCAUCUGUCAGCUUCCAAGGAGUACAAAGCUCUCCAUCUUUGGUCUUCACCAAGGCAUUAAACCAAGACAACAGGCAAGCUUUGGAGCCUUGGCAACUUCUCUUGGCUUUUGGCGGUGCCUGAAAUGCUCUGAGGAAUCAACAGGAACUUCCUUGAUGUUGAACACAAAUCUUGAGGGUAUUGUGCCUGCAGGUUCAGUUGCUGUGAUGCUUGAAUCUGAGCUUGAUGAAAGCACUAAAAUUCGAGGAUGGUUGCAAAUGAGGAACGACAGUCCGAAACAUUCUCAGUGGUCGGUUGGCAUGUCUGAUCUUCCUGAAGAUGGAGUCGGAUGGGGUUUAAAUUUAAGCGGGACAAAUCAACAUACUAAAAGUUGGGAUCAUUUUCAGAUCGAGACGUUUCUGAAAUUCAAUUUGGGCAAUAGAUUUUCUGUGCUACCCUCUUUCAUUUACGUGAUGGAUUGCAAUCACCAAAUUCCCGCCCUGAUGCUUCGUUCAACUUGGUCUAUUUGAUAAUUUUUCAUGUUUUAUCAAAGAUCAUCAGAGGAUAUUCUUUGCUCAAUUUGAAUGUUGAUCUUCCAUUAAGGAUCAUUAGUUAGGCUUUAAUCAUAGCAAAAAAACAAGGUCAUGUCACCAUGACGGUAUUAGUAUAGUGCAUUUGUCAUUUCUAUUCUAGUCAAUAGAAAGGUAUCCAUAGGGCUCCCAUGGACGAUUAUGUCUGUUUGAUGUAUCAAUUAGUAUGUAAUUUUUUUUAAAAUUUUCCAAUUUAGAGACAUUUUGAGGGAUGUAUUUGUAAUUUGAUGCUUGUGCUGAACGAUAAGAGCUAAAUACGUGGAAACCAAAUAAUUUUUUUUAUGCAAAAA